CAAGAGUGCAUUCCGCUGUGCACUAAUGUCUCCCGCAAAUACUUGGCAGGCGACAAGCGCACAGAGAAACCAAAAAGGACAUUUAAAUUGGUACUAAACUACUUUGGCGUCCGCUGCUCCGCUUUCCCGCCAGCGAACAUACCCAACUUUAUUUUAAGGUGCAAUGGCCGACAUGAAGAGGUGAUGCCUUUGGUGAAGAGAACCAUAGAGCCUCAGCACUUGUGCCACACCACAGUGCCCAAUGGGAUUGGCUGUGAGCUGGAAUGUGUGAACAACAACACGUUGUCCGCCAUCAUCCGCCAACUCAGUAGUCUGAGUAAACAUGCAGAAAAUGUCUUUGGGGAUCUUUUCAACGAAGCCAACACCUUUUACAUGCGCGCAAACUCUCUCCAGCACCGCAUCGACCGCUUGGCCAUCAAAGUCACCCAACUCGAAUCCAGUGUGGAAGAGGUCUCUCUUCAGGCCAUAAACCUGAGGAAGGCGUUCAAAAGCUCUACCAUCCAGGACCAACAGGUGUUGUCCAAAGGCAGCACUCCAGGCUCGGUGGCUGAGAUGUACGACAGCAGCGACCAGGCUCCUCUUCUCAGUGACCUCACGGCUUACAGAGAGGACUGCACUGAUGCCAUGAAGUUCUACUCAGACCCUUCAUACUUUUUUGACUUGUGGAAGGAGAAAAUGCUGCAGGACACAGAGGACAAAAGGAAAGAAAGGAGGAGGCAAAGGGAACAGAAGCGAUGCGUGGAAAGCAGCACCCUCCAGCGACAGGUGAAAAAGGUGAGGAAGGCUCGGAACCGCAGACAAGAGUGGAACAUGAUGGCGUUUGACAAAGAGCUCCGUCCAGAUCAUCGCCACCCACAGACUCUACGGCGAGGGGCGUCUUCUGAGGGCUCACUCUCCCCAGAGGGCAGGCCUGACCUUCCGGAGUACCCUGUCCCUCCUGUGGCAGUCCACAGUACUUCGAACGCGCAACCCUCCCCACCUGCGGAGCACGAGUACCACUGUAUUGACGUCAACUACAAGGGAACAAACACUGUGGAAGCUGCAGAGAAGAUGAACGGCUCCAUACGCUCAUCUGCGGAUUACAACUGCGCCAGCCCUCCAGCUGUGCCAGGCCCACAUAUCCCUUCUGCCCAGACAGCCUUCGCUUUCCCUCCAGCAGCAGCAGCUCACAAUGGAGCCGCCAUUCACGUAGGCCUUGGUUACCCACAUCCACCUGUUCCUCCUCCAGGACCUCGCGUGCCUCCUCCUCCAGUUCCACCUCCCCCAUCUCAUCCGCCCCCAGCUGCCCCUUCUCACCUUUCCGAACUUGUCGGAAACAAAUUAAAACCAGCGAAUGGCAGAAGUGAUCUGCUAUCUGCAAUCCGCAUGGGUUCGUAACUUAGUCAUGAGAGUUUUCAACCGUUCCAGUGAUAUUUUUGUAAUUUUUU